AUGGACGUUUCGGCUGCGCCCCCCGCCGCUGCCGCCGCCACGGCCGAGCCCGCGCCCGCGGCGGCGGGCGAGGGCCCUGCUGGCGCCGCGCGCGGCGCUGGCGGCGGCGGCGGCGGCGGCAGGAGGGUGGUCCACCGGCUGGCGGUGUUCAACGCUCUGGGCGAGAUCACCCACAUCGUCAGCCAGACCGACGUACUAAGGCAUCUCCUGAAGCAUCGUGACGCCAUAGGGCCCGUGGGGGCCCGCCCCAUUUCCGACCUCGGCCUGCUGGAGGGCAAGGGCCCGCUCGUCGCGCUGCAGCCCCACACGCCCACGCUGCUCGCUUUCGAGCAGCUAGCGGCCGCAGGCGAGAAGCUGCCCAGCAGCUGCGCCGCUCGCGGGGCCGGGGAAGGGGGGCCACCUGGCCAAGCGGAGUCUUGGGUGCUCGGGCGCGCGUUGACUCGUCUGUCGGCCGCGGCGUGCGUCACCGGGGCGCCCGUCAUCGCGAGCGACGGCGAGCUGAUCGCCAACCUCAGCGUCUCCGACAUCAGGCUCUCACCCGACCCCAUCUAA